CCGAUGCUUUAAGCUUCUACAGCUCCAAACCUUGCUUCAGUCCUCGGCGACCUUCGCCUCUCGGACCUUCACGAUGCGGAGAGUCUGGGUCUGCGCGGGAGGCGCCGUCUUCUUUCUUUCCUGCCUGGUUUUGCAUUCGCACUUCUGUGGCUUUCUGGUUUCAAGGACAUUUGCUUUUCACAUUUCCUGGAGUGAGGAGGACCCCCUUUUCCGGCUGGAUUUGGGUUGGCCCAAGAAUUCAGAAUACUUCUCCGGUGCCACGUUUUGUGUUGCAGUUGACUCCCUCAAUGGGUUAGUUUACGUAGCUCAAAGAGGGGAUAACAUCCCCAAGGUAUUAGUGUUCACAGAGGACGGCUAUUUCCUACGAGCCUGGAAUUAUACAGUUGACACACCCCAUGGUAUGUUUGUCUCCAGCACACCCUCUGAACAGUCCGUCUGGAUCACGGAUGUAGGAAGUGGAUUCUAUGGCCAUACCAUUAAAAAAUAUAACUCCCUGGGUGAUCUUGUUCAAGUCUUGGGUACCCCAGGCAAGAAGGGCACUGGCUUGAACCCGCUGCAGUUUGACAACCCUGCAGAAUUAUAUGUGGAUGACACGGGGGAGAUUUAUAUAGUGGAUGGAGAUGGGGGAUUGAAUAACAGACUGGUCAAACUGUCCCAAGAUUUAAUGAUCCUCUGGCUGCGUGGAGAAAAUGGAACAGAACCUGCCAAGUUCUACAUACCCCACAGUGUCACACUUGACGCAGUCGGUCGGGUGUGGGUUGCUGACCGAGGAAAUAAAAGACUCCAAGUAUUUGAUAAGGACACUGGAGAGUGGCUAGGAGCAUGGGACAGCUGUUUCACAGAGGAGGGGCCUUCUGCUGUGAGGUUCACCCCAGAUGGGAAGUACUUGAUCGUGGCCCAACUGAACCUCAGUAGGCUGUCAGUUUUGGUGGCACCACCUUCUGGAAGCAUCGGAGACUGCUCUGUGAUCAGCACCAUCCAGCUGGCUGAUCAGGUCCUACCACAUCUUUUAGAAAUCGACAGAAAGACUGGAGCAGUCUAUGUAGCAGAAAUUGGGGCAAAACAAGUACAAAAAUUUGUCCCAUGGCACAGCCACAUCCCUGCCUUUGAUGCUUAGUGCUUCUGCCUGCGGAGCUUCAAGUAACAGUCCAGAGCCUUGGAGUCACCUGAUCUGAAUCAUUCGUCACAGGGUCAUGUUUACCUCUUUACCAGAAAAGCAUGCUGUUAUGUCAUGAAGAGCCAUGUUCUCUUGUGGCUCUUGGGACUUAGUUUUACAAUUAAGUGUUUAAGAAUUAUUUUUCUUUUUGGUAGUCCUAGGAGUUGAACUCAUGGCCUUCUGCAUGCUGGAGCUAUAGCUUCAUAGAAGCAGCUUUAAAGAGAGAAAUGUAAUUCUAAAAUGGGGUGAUGAAGGGGAACUGUGCUUGUAACCGAGUACUUUCCUAGUCGAUUAACUCUCUCUGGGAUCCUAGGAUAACUUUGAUUUCAUAUGAAGAACUGGAAACUACUAAUUUUUUAGCCUAUGUAAAAUGGAGUGUGUGGGAGACUGUGGUUGAGUGGGCUGGUGUGCCAUGCAGAGUGCCAUACAGGCCCGGAGGAUUCUGAAGUGAAGAAGGAGUGUUGUCUUCCAUGUGGUCCAGCAGAGAGAGAAGUGGGCAUGGUGCCAGCAAAAGCAAGAGGGCUGUGACAGGCAGGA